AUGCCUCAACCAUCUUUCACUCAGGAGUUCUCCGAUCAAUUUCAUCCUCCUCCUGUAACAUAUGUCGAUUUGACAGGAAAAACUGCCAUUGUUAUUGGCGCCAACACAGGCAUUGGGCUCGAAGCAGCCAAGCAUUUUGCACGUAUGAAUCCUGGAAGGCUCAUCCUUGGAUGUCGGAGUAAGGAGAGAGGAGAGAUGGCUGGCCUUGAAAUUAACGCAGAGACGAACUACGACAAAACUGAAGUUUGGAAUAUUGACUUGUCCAAAUUCUCUUCAGUCGUAUCAUUUGCUGAGCGAGUUCAAAAUGAUGGCGGAAGGUUGGACAUUGUCGUCGCAAAUGCUGGCAUCGCUGCGUCGUCGCUCGAGUUCACGGAAGAUGGUUGGGAGUCAACAUAUCAGAUUAAUUACAUAUCUGGCGCGCUUCUGUCGCUCUUGCUGUUCCCCAGAAUGCUCGAGACGGCCAAAGAGUACAACACAACACCACGAAUUACAUUAGUCGUCAGUCGGCUUCACUAUCUUGCCAAGUUUGAUACAAACUUGAUCGACUCGCCAAAUGCUCUACGGCUUUUAGGCCACAAAGACCAUUUCAUGGACCGAUUAAAGCAGAGGAAAUACAAUGGUGACGACAUAUACGCAGAGUCUAAGCUGUUGGGCGUCUAUUUUGCCCGCUCAUUCGCUGACAGACUGGGUGACAAACCGCUCAUAAUCAAUACCGUUGAUCCAGGAUUCUGUAAUUCCUCCAUUGGACGAUACAAGAAAGGGGUCGAUUCGUUCAUCUUUGGUCUUCUUUCGAAAGCGAUCGGACGGACCCCAGAGGAAGGGAGUCGGCAACUUGUAUGGGCAGCCGUUGGUGGUGAGAACGAAAAGGGGCGUCUACGAGGAGCAUUCGUGGACAUGGCGUCAAAGGUAGGUAGCUUAAGCGCCUAUGGAGAGAGUGAAGCAGGCCGCACUGCUCAGGACAAAUUAUGGGAUAAUCUCAUUGAAGAACUGACUCAAAUCAAUUCAAAUGUCCAGAUAUAUGCCAAAAAAUACUUAAGUGGACCAGUUUAG